AUGGUAGAACUUGAUAACGUCCUCAAGCAAUUUGCGACGGGGGCCACGCGAGAUGAGGGUCAAUGGCGAUGUGGCAACCCUCAACCUCGUGCCAUACCCAGUGAGGUAUACAGUACUUCCAGACGUGAAUACCGCUACAGCUACGUGCGACUACUUCUCCUCAUCGUCCAAGAGUGGGCCUUACACGUCAUCACCGUCGUCGCCGCCAGGAGUAGCACUCCCACCAAUACGUGCACCAAAGAAACGCAUCAUCUCCUGUCAGAGCCACCGGCGAUUAGCCUCUUGAGCCGGGCUUUGCCAUGGAGGCCACCGGCGCGAAGCUCAGGCCUGCCCCAUAUCCGCAGUCCCCCGGACAUCUUGAAAGACGGAGGAAUGAACUAA